CGGUUCCUUCUGUCCCACCCGAGUCAAGGAAAACCCAGAGAGAACCAUGUGGCCACUUUGGAUCGCGGCCCUCUUCCAUCUUGCAGCCUUCCAAGGGUUGGAACAUGAUUCCAGGGAGGUCUCCCAAGGGAUUCUGCAGGGGCUUCAGGACAGGAUGGAAAAUGAGACAAGCACCCAUGGGAGAUCAACGUGGCUGGUCAGCACAACUGCCCCCCUCCUCACCGUGCAAAGCAGCACCGACUACAAAGCCAGGCGGCUGAAGGCCCCAACCAUCACCGUCCGUGCCGAGAACGGGACCUGCCAGGCCCUCCUACGCUGUGCCGUGCCCGGAGAGGAAGCCGGCAACCUGAAUUUCACCUGGUCCCAGGUCAACGGCAGCGUGGUUCUCUCCCGGGCACAAACGCUGAACAUCACACAGAAGCCUCAGCGAGGCACCAUGGAUUAUGUCUGCACCGUAGGCAGCCAGGCGGGUGAACGCUCCAGCAUGGUUUCAUUGGAGAAGCAUUGCCAGAGCGCAGAUUCUGGCACGAAAACAGACCCUCCAGUCACCAGCAAAUAUCACUCGGCAUCUUUUUAUGCUAAAUAUAUCGCCCCACUUUUGAUCGUCCUUGUGGUCUUGCUGGUCCUCUUCUUAAUGUACAGACGAAAAAGAGGAAGAGAAAUCCACAGCAGCAUGGAGUCCAUCAACGAAUCUUCAGACUCCGACGAGGAGGUGGGUCCUUCAGUGGAUCAGACGGCAGAGGUCAGCUUCCUUCCCGAGGGUGUUAAACCUCUCCCUCAGGACAACACGUCCAUCGCAGAAGCCGCCGUCAGCAACCGGGAAAAGGCCUCCGAUACACCGAAGCAACUUCCAACUCAAGCGUGAUUUUGGCUUCAGAAUCUGGGUCUCUGCCUUCUCCCCUGUGUUAUAGAACAUUAAGGGUGGUGGGGUGGGGAAGGAGGGCUGACCACCCCAGGUAAGAAGCCCUGGACUGCCGACACACACAGGAGAAGGCCGCCCCCGUGUCAGGGUAUUGAGAGUUCAUGUAGAGACAUGGCAACUGCGUCAGCCAAUGAGGGCUGUUUGGAAACUGAAACCAUAUUUGCUGUGUGAGCAAGGAGCCUGGGCGGGGCUUAGCUCAACUGUUCUAAAGCUCUGAGUCUGUAUUUACUGUCACGUUGGAAAACCUGCUUUUGGUCUUGUAUAUUUAC